CGUGUAGUAAAGCGUGUCACCGUCUGCUAGCCUGCCGGCUACGGAAAUGAAAGCUAACACGUGGAAAUAACAAUUUGCAGCCUUUUGCUUUGACUUCAGGGUUAUCUAGUGCCUUUUUGACUCGUGCCUUGUCAACGACCGCUCUGUGUGCCUCGCUGCAGGAGGCUGCGAGCCUUCAGCUGACCGCGGAGCUGACAGUUCGUCUUUAUUAUGGCGGACAACGGAGACGAUGACCAUGAGUACAAAAUCAAAGAGGGCGAUUAUAUUGUGUUAAAACGAGGAGAAAUCUUCAAGGCUGUGCAGAUUGUACAAAAGAAAAAGAUCAUCUUUGAGAAGCAGUGGUUCUUCCUGGAUGGCGCAGUGGGACACUUGUAUGGCACCACGUUUGAAAUAGCAUCUGGAGGGAUCCUCCAACCACAGAAACCCAAAAACACAGAGAGCCCCUCUGAUUCAAAGGAGGCCGGCACAGACAACAGGAAUAUUGUUGAUGAUGGCAAAUCACAGAAACUCACCAGGGAUGACAUAGAGACGCUCAAAGAGCAAGGUCUCAAGGGUCAGGAAAUCAUUCAGCAGCUUAUCGAGAACAGCUCCACGUUCAGAGAUAAGACCGGCUACGCUCAGGAUAAGUACAUCAAGAAGAAGAAGAAGAAGUAUGAAAACACGGUCACGAUUCUGAAGCCGUCCUGCCGCAUCCUGGCGAUGAUGUACCACGGCCGGGAACCGGGGAAGAUCUGCCACCUGCGGUACGACACCCUCGCCCAGAUGUUGACUCUGGCCAACAUCCACGCCGGCAGUAAGAUCCUCGUGUUCGAAACCUGCGCUGGACUCGUAUUGGGAGCCAUCAUGGAAAGAAUGGGAGGCUACGGCUCCGUGGUUCAGAUGUACCCUGGAGGCGGCCCUGUUCGGGCGGGUGUGGAGAGCUUUGGCUUUCCCGCACAUUUCCUCGACACGCUGCAUGAGUUUCCCAUCUGCCACGUCAGCGCUCUGCUGGCAGGGACCCUGGACGUCACUGCCAGAGACCCCACUGCUGAUGAAAAGCAGUUGAGCACGGCUGCAGAGGAAGAUCCGAACCAGACUCAGGCGGAGGAGCAGAACAUGGAAACAGACACGGCUGUCGGUGCUGGUCAGGACCAGGAGCAACAGGAGAAGGAGAAACGCAGAGAAGCCAAAGCUCAAGAGAAGAAAGUGAAGCUGGAAGAAAAGCGGAAGAGGCUCGCAGCUGCUGCUGCCUUGCUGGAGGGCAGGAACGCAGAUGGGUUGGUCAUCGCGAGCCGCUUCCACCCGAGUCCGGUCCUGUUGGGCCUGAUCCGAUUCCUCUCCCCCUCCAGGCCCUUCGUGGUUUAUUCCCAGUACAAAGAGCCUCUCAUCGAGUGUUACACAAAACUCAAAGAAGAGGGCGGCACAGUGAACCUCAGACUCACAGACACCUGGAUGAGACAUUACCAGGUUCUGCCUAACAGGACGCAUCCCGUGCUGCUGAUGAGCGGCGGCGGAGGCUACCUCCUCUCAGGGAUCACAGUCGCCACAGACGGCCCCAAGCCGGCGGGCCCCCAGCAAAGUGAGGAACCAGCACCAAAGAAACUGAAGCUGAACCACACGGAAGGAUAAACAAAUACGAAAAAAAAAGCAUCAAAUCUUUUAAGGGCACAUUACCAGCAGCCUGUGGGGGAACUUCUCUUUUUUUUUUCUCCCCUCCAGCAUCGGCUUUCCUUUCUGCUGAACUGAUUUGACACAUCUGGAGUGAGAGAGACAGAGUGUCUGGUUUGUAUUCAUCAGCGUAUUUUCUCUCCCGUACUUCCUUCAGUGGAGAUUAGGCGUAACGCUGAGGAGGAGGCUGUGUGCUCGUGCAGGCUGUCUGAGCUCAGUAAAUGUUCCAGGUAAAGGAACUGGUGAAGUCAUUGUGUACUGAGAGUACCUGACAAUUUGUUUUUUCAUUGAGACUAGGUAGAAAACAUUUUUUUUUUAUGCUCUCAGCUUAUUGGUUCUUACUUGUUUUUAUUUUUUACUCCUGCAUAUAGUGCCAUUUUAUUUGUUUAUCCAAGAUCAAAUGCAGCUCAGUCGCGAAAUGAAUCUGUUUAGAAUUAAAACACAGUCUAACAACCCU